AUGAAUGGGAGUGCAAAUCCGAGUGAAAGCCGUUCAGCCUCUUCAAGGUGUCGAAAAGAGGGGUUUGCUGAUAUCGCAAGAUGGAUAGUACUUGAUCCAGAUAAUGAGACGUUUAUCUAUCGCAAAUUCGAUGAACUCGCUGCUCGAUAUCUGCUUUAUCUACAGGCAGAGCUGCUUGUUCUCGAGAAGGAACUCAAUAAACUGGAUAAGAAUAAUGCCAACAGCAAUGAUAUGGACUUAAGGAAUACUAUCAGGAUAUGGGAGACGCUGACGCAGUGGUAUAAUACCUAUGAUCAAGAAGCACGAGUCCGUAUGGACAUGGUUGUGAGACUACGCGAGAAACUGAAGGAGUAUCAUGCGUUUGCAGGCGCUUGA